AUGAGCCCAGUCGUGAGCGAGACGGGCGAGGAUCAUUGGCCAAAGGAACCCGAUGGCAACCCCUGGGCCGGAGAGGACCUCCCGGCGCUCAUGGCCGCUGACAAGGACCCUUUUGAGAAAACGCUGGACGUUCGAGCGCUCGUGGCCGAGGUCGAAAAGGCCGUCGGCCAGAGCGUCCAAAACAUCCCCUUGGUCACCUGCGGCGCUCACAACUACGGAUUCCAGGUGAGGCUCGAAAAGGGACCCGACCUGGUUAUUCGCGUCUCCCGGUCCAACGCCAACGGCGUGAACCCUCGCGGCCGCGCCCUCGCCCUCAGCCAGUGUCCGGAUUACACCUUUGAGCUGGCCGUGUACGAUGCGCUGCACCCGCUGGGCCUUCCCUUCGACUGCAGGCCGGUCUACCAUCGCCUCGCGAAGCCCACCAAACUUCAGCCCGUGUCCCGGCCGACGCACGUCUCGGGACGCCACGUCAUCGUCUUCAAGAAGGCCAAGGGUCAUCGUUACGACUACCCCCGCUGGCGGCCCCUGAAUUCGUGGUGGAAGCAUACGAUCCUCGCGAGCUCCGCCGCCGCCGCCGCCUCGCUGUUCAUGUACAACCCUCCCAGCCCCUUUUGCAGACGAUGGCUCGUCAGUCGGGUCUUGGGCGACGAGCCGCAGGUCUACGAGCUGAUCGUCGAGCCGACGCGGGACUUUUGCUUCGCCCUGGUGGCCGCGCGAAUCUACAACACGUUCGUCUACCUGCAGAAGAAGCUGUCCGGCCAGCCCGAGCUGCGAUUCGCCUACCCUCUGUCGACGGUGGAAAAUUGCCUCCUCCAGCUGCUCCCCAUCUUCAUGCCCAAGGUGGGGAGCGAGGAGGACGAGCGGAAGCUGUACCGCCUCGUGCUCGAUCACGGAGACUUUGGCAUGCACAACAUGACGAUUGUGAGGGACCAUCAGCUCUGCCGCACCGAAAUCACGUCCGUCUACGAUUGGGAGGCGGCCACCAUCGUGCCGGCGGUGCUCUCGGAACCCAGGAUGGUGGUCACGGUCGACUUGGUGCUCGACGCCGACGGCAACCCGUCCAUCAGCCGCUGGGGUGACGGCGACCGUCCGGGCAGGCUGAAGGAGUACAAGAUCUGGACCAAGUACUACUUUCAGAAACUGUUCUCCGCCGCGCCCGAGUACGAGUCGGUCAUCAAGUCGGCACUGGAGAUACGACGCAUCUGGUUCGCCUUGCGAGACUGCCGCGAAGGCGACGCGGUCCGACAGUUCAACCGCCUCGGCACGUGGGCCAUCCGCGAGGCUCUCAGGCGAGGAGGCUAG